CGGGCAGCUGCCCGCAUCGCUGUCGGAACAGUCUUUGCGCGUCGUUUUAGUUGCGAGCAACGGCAGCAACGUAACGCUGGCAAUGCGUCGCCAUGAGCCGGCCUAGCUAUCUGCAGGAGCAGCUGCUCUACCAGCAGCAUCACCCAGCCGCUAAUAUUAAACGCCUACGUCAGCAGGCAUUGCCCAUCUACGGACGCAGUUAUUCGCUCGAGGAGCAAACCGAUGGCCAUUUUGUGCCCGUCUACUCCAAAUUCAUAUAUCCACAGCAGCAACAACUACAUCCGCAGCAGUUGCUGCAUCGUCCACUGGGAUUAGGACUGCAGGAUUCACUCAACUCUUUGAACAGCGACUUUACGGACUAUGACUAUGGGGGAGGUGCCUACAUUUUGGAGGAGCAGCCUCCACCAGCAGCAGCAUCCACCGAGCAUGUUGUUCGCAAUCUGAAUGCCUUGGGUCGCCUGCUGGAACUACUUCAGCGUUGGCCCCUGCCCCGUCUGUCCUUCAAUACGGCCUGCAUUUGCUCGCUCAUCAUUAUAUUUAUAGCACCUCGCAGUUGCGCCCAGAGUUUACUGUUUCCCGCUUUCAGAUUAUUCUUCGGUACCCUAUAUCCGGCCUAUGCCUCGUACAAGGCGGUGCGAACAAAGAAUGUUAAGGAAUACGUGAAAUGGAUGAUGUACUGGAUCGUGUUUGCGUUCUUCACGUGCAUUGAAACCUUUACGGACAUCUUUCUGUCGUGGUUCCCAUUCUACUAUGAGGUCAAAGUGGUAAUUGUCUUGUGGCUGCUAUCGCCAGCCACAAAGGGCAGUUCCACUUUGUAUCGCAAGUUCGUGCAUCCCAUGUUGACACGACGUGAACAGGAAAUCGACGAGUAUUUAAAUCAGGCACGGGAGAGAGGAUAUUCGGCGGUGCUGCAACUGGGCUCCAAGGGCGUCAACUAUGCCACUAAUGUAAUCAUGCAGACGGCUAUAAAGGGCGGCGGCAACUUAGUGCAGACCAUCAAGCGGAGCUACAGCCUCAGCGAUCUCAGCGAACCCGAUAUGCAUCGCACCCAGGACGAACUAGACGAGGUUAUGAUGUCCACGUCGGUAAUGAUGCGACCCCAACCAGCUCGACUGAUGCGCCAGCGACACCAGACUCCAGUUGGUCGUUCCGCGAGCGGCACGCGACACUCAACUGGCAUGUACUUCACCGAGGUGGAUGUCUCUUCACCAUCCCCCUCGGGAUCGGCCAAGCAUGCCGGCGAUUUCAACUACAAUAUACGCAGCACGGAUGACAUCAGUUCGGGUUACUCCAGCGCUGAGCCGGUUAGUGUGCCCAUGGGCAGCGGCCUAAGUCGCACAUCAUCCAUGACAAACGCAUCCAAGGCGCGCGUGAAGUCCAAACGCAAUGAGCAACUGUUGGAAGAUGUACGAGCUGAGGUAUAUCUGGAUAAUGAACGAUAUUUUCAAGAGGGUAAGACAGAUGACGACAUUCGGAAGCAAUUGCAUCUGCAGAUUUUGGAAAGUGAAGAGGAUAAUGAGGACAAUGCGGGCAAUGCUGAUGUAUCUGAGGACGAGGAUAGCUUCCAUGAGGCACUGCCAUUAGAAGAUGAUGCAGAAAGCCUAUUACCAAGUUAUUCGCUCGAUACAGAUAAAGAAAAAGAAAAAGGGGAAGUAAGUGACAACGAAGAAUCAUUUAAGGAAGCUCUUGGCAGCAAUUCGGACAAUUUAAACCAAGCGAAUCCAGAGGAAAUUGAUCAACCUGCACAAGAAUCAGAUCAGUCAAGUGUAGAUCCGUUUUUGUUGGUUGUUACCGAAUCAAGUUUGGAAUCAGAGCUUGUGACCCCUCCAGUUACAAAUGACAGAAAUCGUCCAGUGUCACCGCGUGAACUUCUCGCCACGCUGGAGGAAAUCAAGCACAGUUUUCGAGCACAACUUGAAACGGAAUCACCUCAAAUAUCUCCCCUGCGUCCCAAGGCGCUGCAUGCCAAAGGUCGGGCACCAGCGCCUCCGCUGCCACCUCGAAAGGAUUCACGUGACACUGUGAGCAUCGCAUCGAACACAUCCCAGCAAUCGGAGCGCAGCAAGUCAGGACAAGUCAAUGUCUGCUAGCUGCACCACAUUGCCUCGCAUCAGCAGCCGCAAGGCGGACAAAUCUCAGGCAACGACUGCAUCGGGACAGGCCAAAACACGCAGCAAGUCCGACAAGUCGGACAAGUGAAGCGUGGACCUAAAACUACCAAAUUUUACAUACAUUUAAAAAAUAUACUCAUCAUCUACUUGUAUCUAUUUGUAUUUGUUCUUGUCGAGAGAAAUCAAUCUUUGAACUCAAUUUUGCUAGGUGCUCAAAUUGGCCAAGAAAUAGCAACAAAGAUUACACACACAAUUAUAAACCUCAUGUUUUAGUUUAAAUUGCAAUUAAAGUAAUAAAUAAAUAUAUAUACAUUAAUAUUAUAGGGAUGCGAUCCUCUAAUGGAUCCGCAUAUUGAUGAUGCAUAAAGUUUGUUUGUGAUUCUGUUCAUAGUGUUCCACUGGAAUUAGCCUAGAUGAUAAUGAUAUUGGAUGUGAAUCGGAUAUUCGUCUCGUAGAUCUUUUAGCGUUAAGUGAUUGAUUGUCCUAUGUAUGCUACAUCCAGAUUAUCCAGGUCCUAUUCUACUAACUAAACAAACUAUCAAUAUCUAGUUUAAAUCCAAUGCAUUAUAAAUAAUAAAUCUAUGUA